AAGAAUUGCUUUCUGCAACCCUAUAAAGCCAUUCUUUGCUCCAUUUCUCCAAUUCUUGUUUAUAUAUAUACCUUUCCCGGCUUGAUUUCUUCAAAAUAAACACGUACCCAGGAAGCAAAAAUCGAAACCCAAUUGAGCUUCGAAGCUCGUGACUGCGGUAAUCAAUCAUGUCACUGAGCCCUCCUCGAGUCCGAAACAAUGGCCCUCCGAGGACCAACGAGCUUUACUGGUGCUACCAGUGUCACCGUAUGGUCAGGGUUGCCUCCACAAACCCAUUGGAAAUCGCUUGCCCGCGUUGUUCCGGGCAGUUCGUAUAUGAGAUUGACGUGGCCAGGCCUAGGCUCGUUGUUGAUUUCACCGAUUUCGAUCCCUCCCCAGAAGCCCGUUUACUCGAGGCCCUUUCUCUCAUGCUUGACCCUCCAAUUAGGCGCUUCAAUCAUGACGUGAACAACCCGGAAACUGAACUUCGAGACCGUCCCUGGGUCCAGCAGCGAGGCCGUGGCUUCGAGGGGAGAGAUCGUACCGACCCAGAAACUCUAGCCCAGCGGCGUACAAGGCGGGGGCGUCGCAGUUUUGAUGGGGGAGAAAGAUCGGACCCAGAACCAGGAAUUCAAGGCAGGCCUCGUACUUGGAUUGUUCUUAGACCUCUGGAUCCUUCCAACCCUUUCAGACCCAUUUUACACCCUGAAAAUCCAGUACCGCCUCGGGUUGAUCCUAGAAACUACUUUCUAGGGUCAGGCAUGAACGAAUUGAUUGAGCAAUUGACUCAAAAUGACCGGCCGGGGCCUCCUCCUUUACCCGAUUCGGCAAUCAACACAAUACCAACCGUACAAAUCAUGGCGGACCAUUUGGCCGACGACUCUUAUUGCCCCGUGUGCAAGGAGGAGUUCAAAGUUGGUGGGGAAGCGAGAGAAUUGCCUUGCAAGCAUAUAUACCACUCUGAAUGCAUUGUUCCUUGGCUGCAGCUUCACAAUUCUUGUCCUGUUUGUCGGCGCGAGCUACCCCUACCUUGUCAAGAAGAUGCACGAGAAAAUGACUCCAACGAUAUUCAUGUUGGAGGGGGCAGCAGACGCCGGUUCUUGAGAUGGAACCAAAUGUCCUCUUUGUGGCCCUUCCGUACAAGAUUCCGCCCCAUAAAUCUACAUGGUGAUCAUGGCCAUGUCGGUACUUCUAGAAGUGGAGGAAGCUGGUUUCUGUAGAUUAUAAUGUAUUUUCAACCCUUAAAACCUCACAGAGGUUACCAAAAGCUUGCCCAGUGACUUGGGAAACAAGGAAGUUCCCUGGAGUAUCCUCCAUCUCUACCACUGUCUGUGUAUAUUAUUUCAAUUGCCAUGAUAUAUAUAUAUAUAUUGCCUUUCUUCUGUGUGAAGGGGCAUUGUUGUGAAAAUACUGCUUUUACCAUGUAAAUGAAAAUUAUGUAAAUCUAACACCAAACAUAAUUAUCUCA